UUUGCUGAAAACUGAAAAGGAAGGUUGGAAAAAAAAAAAAAAAAGGCUGUGUAGAUAGCCAAAAAAACAGUGUGGCGCUAGCAACUGCCUUUUACUUGCGUCCCUGACUCCAAGUAUACAAAUUAAAAAUGCCUUCUUCUUUCUCAGCUCCAAUCAUCAGAAGCUGAGCUGAGCUGAGCUUCAACAACCCUCCCUCUGUCUUUAUUUAUUAUCGAUCUCCCUCUUAUUAUCAUACUUCUUCUUCUUCUUCAAUCAUUAUAUAUAUAUUACAUUACAACUCUCAAAACAACUAGAAAAAAGAAAAUGUCAAAAUCAGACUCUUCCCCGGAAACAGCUCGCAGCCGCUUGGCCGUGCUCACCGCUCAUUUAGUUGGAGCAACGACACUCGAGUCAUCUUCGUCGUCGAUUAACCGGUCUUGCGUGUCUGCGCAGGUCUCUCCUCCUGGAAACCUCCGGGGCGCUUUGACGGUGAUCGAUGAGAGGACUGGUAAGAAAUACCAAAUUCCGGUCUCUCAAGACGGCACCGUCAAAGCCUCUGAUUUCAAGAAGAUCUCGACAGGAAAGAAUGACAAGGGGCUGAAGCUGUACGAUCCAGGAUAUCUGAAUACGGCACCUGUUCGAUCGUCGAUUUCGUAUAUAGAUGGUGAUGAGGGUAUCCUUAGAUACAGAGGCUACCCUAUUGAGGAAUUGGCUGAGAGCAGUACCUUUGUGGAAGUGGCCUACCUCGUUAUGUAUGGGAGUUUGCCGUCUCAAAGUCAGUUAGCAGACUGGGAAUUUGCUAUUUUGCAACAUUCAGCUCUACCUCAGGGUGUUUUGGAUAUUAUACAGGCGAUGCCUCAUGAUGCACACCCAAUGGGUGUGCUAGUCAGUGCAAUGAGCGCUCUUUCCAUCUAUCAUCCUGAUGCUAAUCCAGCUCUCAGAGGGCAAGAUCUUUACAAGUCAAAACAAGUGAGAGACAAACAGAUUGCACGCAUUCUUGGAAAGGCGCCAACCAUUGCAGCCGCAGCUUAUUUGAGGUUGGCUGGCAGGCCUCCAGUUAUACCUUCUAGCAACCUUUCUUAUUCAGAGAACUUCCUGUACAUGCUAGAUUCAUUGGGUGACCGGUCUUAUAAACCUAAUCCUCGACUGGCUCGAGUACUAGAUGUACUUUUCAUACUGCAUGCAGAACAUGAGAUGAAUUGCUCCACUUCUGCUGCCCGACAUCUUGCAUCCAGUGGUGUCGAUGUAUACACUGCUCUUGCGGGGGCUGUUGGAGCAUUGUAUGGUCCUCUUCAUGGUGGAGCAAAUGAGGCUGUGCUUAAGAUGCUAAGUGAGAUUGGAACCGUUGAAAACAUUCCAAGUUUCCUUGAGGGCGUGAAGAACAGGAAGCGAAAGAUGUCAGGUUUUGGACAUCGUGUGUAUAAAAACUAUGAUCCUAGAGCAAAGGUCAUUAAGAAACUGGCAGAGGAGGUGUUUUCCAUUGUUGGCCGGGAUCCUCUUAUUGAGGUAGCAGUUGCCUUGGAAAAGGCUGCACUAGAUGAUGAAUAUUUUGUUAAGAGGAAGCUCUAUCCAAAUGUUGAUUUCUACUCUGGGUUAAUAUAUAGGGCAAUGGGAUUUCCGACGGAGUUUUUCCCCGUCCUAUUUGCAAUCCCUCGAAUGGCUGGCUAUUUAGCCCACUGGCGAGAGUCACUGGAUGAUCCUGAUACAAAGAUAAUGAGACCACAACAGGUAUACACCGGGGAAUGGCUGCGGCAUUAUAUGCCACUGAAAGAACGGGAGGCAUCAAGCAAUGCAGAUAAGCCUGGUCAAAUUUCCGUUUCAAAUGCCUCCAUGCGACGGCGUGCUGGAUCUCGGGUCUAGGUCCCCGCUGGAUUUAUAUAAUCCAAGGAAAAUAGAAUAGAAAUCAAUGACAAGAUACUGUCAUGGAUUAAUAAUGUGCCUUCCUUCAAGGUCCCUUCAGCCUAAACGCAUGAGUGUGAAUUUCGCUUUAGGCGUCAAUCAGGUCAUCGCACCAUCUCUGUUUGUAUUCGCAGACAAUGUUACAUAAUCUAUAUUACAUGUUUCACUUGAUGCAUUCGAAUGA